AUGACCAAGGCAGUUGGUGAGUUCAUGCGUUCCAGAUAAAGCCGCCAAUGUACUCGUUGAUUGACAUUGCCUCCCUCUUCUGGCCGCCCAGGAAUCGAUCUCGGCACAACCUACUCUUGCGUUGCUGUCUGGCAAAAUGACCGAGUGGAGGUCAUUGCCAAUGACCAGGGUAACCGCACCACUCCCUCAUACGUUGCUUUCACAGACUCGGAGCGAUUGAUCGGAGAUGCUGCCAAGAACCAAGUCGCAAUGAACCCUCACAACACUGGUGAGCACCGAUAGCACUCUGAUUCAGUCUCGAUGAGCCCCGUGCUUACGCUCGCCUCUUCGUUUUGCAGUGUUCGACGCCAAGCGAUUGAUUGGACGCAAAUUCGACGACGCAGAAGUGCAAGCAGAUGCCAAGCACUGGCCAUUCACUCUCGGCAACAAUGGUGGCAAGCCCGUCAUCAAGGUCGAGUACAAGGGCGAGGAGAAGACUUUUACGCCAGAGGAGAUCUCAUCCAUGGUCUUGCUCAAGAUGCGCGAGACUGCAGAGGCCUACCUUGGUGGCACAGUCAAGGACGCCGUCGUGACUGUACCUGCAUACUUUAACGACUCACAACGUCAGGCUACCAAGGACGCUGGUAUCAUUUCUGGUCUCAACGUGCUCCGCAUCAUCAACGAGCCCACCGCAGCUGCCAUUGCAUACGGCCUCGACAAGAAGUCUGAGGGCGAGAAGAACGUUCUGAUUUUCGAUUUGGGAGGUGGUACAUUCGACGUGUCCCUCUUGACUAUCGAGGAGGGUAUCUUCGAGGUCAAGGCCACCGCUGGUGACACUCACCUUGGUGGCGAAGACUUUGACAACCGGUUGGUCAACCACUUUGUCCAAGAAUUCAAGAGAAAGAACAAGAAAGACCUCACCUCCAACGCUCGCGCUCUUCGUCGUCUGCGAACUGCUUGCGAGCGUGCGAAGCGUACCCUGUCUUCUGCAGCUCAGACCACCAUCGAGAUCGACUCGUUGUUUGAGGGCAUCGACUUUUACACCUCCAUCACUCGUGCUCGUUUCGAGGAGCUCUGCGGCGACCUCUUCUCUCACACCAUCGAGCCCGUCGAAAAGGUCCUGCGCGACUCAAAGAUUGACAAGUCGAGCGUUCACGAGAUCGUCCUCGUCGGCGGUUCCACGCGUAUCCCUCGUGUACAGAAGCUGCUCCGAGACUUUUUCAACGGUCGCGAGCCUAACAAGAGCAUCAAUCCCGACGAGGCCGUCGCCUACGGUGCGGCCGUGCAGGCAGCCAUUCUCAGCGGUGACACAUCCGAAAAGACUCAAGAUCUCUUGCUGCUCGACGUUGCGCCUCUGAGCAUGGGUAUCGAAACCGCCGGUGGUGUCUUCACUGCUCUCAUCAAGCGCAACACCACCGUUCCCACCAAGAAGAGCGAAAUCUUCUCCACCUACGCCGACAACCAGCCUGGUGUGCUGAUCCAAGUCUUCGAGGGUGAACGUGCUCGCACGAAGGACAACAACCUGCUGGGCAAGUUUGAGCUCACCGGCAUUCCUCCCGCUCCUCGCGGUGUUCCUCAAAUCGAGGUCACCUUCGACUUGGAUGCCAACUCCAUCCUGAACGUGUCUGCCUCGGACAAGACUUCCGGCAAGUCUGAGCGCAUUGCCAUCACCAACGACAAGGGCCGUCUCAGCAAGGAGGAGAUCGACGCCAUGGUGGCCAACGCUGAAAAGUACAAGGCAGAGGAUGAGGAGGCAGCAGCGAGAAUCAGCGCCAAGAACGGCUUGGAGUCUUACGCCUACUCGCUCAAAAACUCUCUCAACGAGGAAGGCUUCAAGUCCAAGCUCUCUUCCGAAGAGGUGGAGAAGCUCAACGGUGCCAUCAGCGAGACCAUCUCCUGGCUCGAUGGCGCUCAAGAGGCGAGCAAGUCAGAGUACGAGGAGCAGCAAAAGACGCUCGAGGGUGUGGCGAUGCCUAUCGUCACCAAGGCUGCUCAAGCCGGCGGCGCACCUCCUGGCGCUGGCGGACCCGGCGGCUUCCCAGGUGCUGGCGGCGCACCAGGUGGCGGUGCCGCCCCUCCCUCUGACGACCUCGAGGUCGACUAA